AUGAAAGUCAUUGUAGCCUUUAGCCUGUUGGUGGCAGUGGCCUCUGCCACACCCAUUGAACCCCGCCUGCCACUGGUACCACUUAUGCCGUUGGAAGAAUUGGAGGGUCGCAUCACCAACGGUGAAUUGGCCAAGCCCGGUCAAUUCCCCUACCAAGUUGGUUUGCAAUUGGUCUUCGGUAACUCUGGUGCCUGGUGCGGUGGUACCUUGAUUUCGGAUCGUUGGAUUUUGACUGCUGCCCACUGUGCCGAUGGAGCGGAUGGUGCCACCGUUUAUUUGGGCGCCAUUGACAUUAAGAAUGACAAUGAAAAGGGCCAACAACGCAUCUACACCUCCAAAUCUAAUUUUGUCGUCCAUGAAAAUUGGGAUCCCAGCACUUUGAGCAAUGACAUUGCCUUGAUAAAAUUACCCGUGGUUGUGGACUUCACUGAACGUAUCCAACCAGCUGCCUUGCCAAAAAUGGAUGGUAAAUAUUCAACCUAUGAAGGUGAUAUGGUUUGGGCUUCUGGCUGGGGUAAGGAUAGUGACAAGGCCACCACCGUUUCUCCCUUGUUGCGUUACAUUGAGGUGCCCGUGUUGAAGCAAAGUACCUGCAGGAAUUAUUAUUUGGGUGUUGUCACCGAGAAGAUGAUCUGCAUUAGUGGCAAGGAUGGUAAGUCCACUUGCAAUGGUGAUUCGGGCGGUCCCUUGGUAUACAAACACGAUGGUGUCAACACUGUUAUCGGUGCCACCUCCUUUGGCAUUGCUUUGGGUUGUGAAAAGGGCUGGCCAGGUGUAUUCACACGUGUCACCUCCUACUUGGAUUGGAUUGCCGAAAAGUCGGGUGUUGUCAAUAAAUAAGUGGGUG